GUCUGUAUGUUAUUAGUAGCACAUCAGUAUGAAUGAAAUAUUAUACGUUUCCAAAGUGAACAGGCGUGUGUAAGACCGAUUAAUAUAGCAACGUCUUAUCCUACGGAUAUACAUUGCAUUGAGUUACUAUAGAUGAUUUGUUGUUUGCCUUUGUUAACGAACCAUGAAAGUGAUGAUGAAUCAUAUGAAGUCCUGGAUUUAACUGAGUAUGCAAGACAGCAGCAGUGGUGGAGUCGUUUGUUUGGACAUAAUUCUGGACCUAUUGCAGAAAAGUACUCUGUUGCUACACAGGUUGUGAUGGGUGGAGUAACGGGCUGGUGUGCAGGGUUUUUGUUCCAGAAAGUUGGGAAAAUUGCAGCAACUGCAUUAGGUGGUGGUUUUCUCCUCCUUCAGAUCGCCAAUCACAGUGGCUAUGUGCAGGUUGACUGGAAGAGAGUUGAGAAAGAUGUAAAUAAAGCUAAAAGACAUUUGAAGAAACGAGCCAAUAAAGCAGCUCCAGAAAUCAACAACUUUAUUGAAGGGUCUACAGAAUUUAUCAAAAAGAACAUUAUACUGUCUAGUGGAUUUCUUGGUGGAUUCUUGUUGGGUCUUGCAUCUUAAUAUGCUUUUGUUGUACACAUCUCAGCAGUUUGGUUACACUCUGUACCUCUAGACAAUCUUCUGAAGAACCAGGGGACAAUCUGUAGCUCAGAAGCCAAACUCGGUGAAAUGGAAAACAGACUUGCUAGCUGCUGCAAAAGCUUUUGUCAAAUUUAAUCUUGUGAAUGUGGAAUCGUACUAAAAAGUUAUAGCUGUGGAGAUGACGCAUUACUGUACAUUGCAGUGCAAUGCCAUUUUUUGCAGCAUUGUUUUUCAUUUUGAGGAACACGAAGGCAAGUUUUGGUUCCUCUAGAUUUAACACAACUUAUUUGUACAUUGCUGUAGACAUAGUAUUCUUAUCUAUAACCAUAUUAAGUAAUAUGUAUAUGUGUAUGUUUACUUUUCUAAGUAUUAAGAAAGAAUACCAUAUAUAUUCAAUCCAAUUGAACUGUAUAUUAUCAUAAGUGUAUUGUAAAUUUGUUGAUAAAAAUCAUGCUGCUAAGUUUCCUCUG